AUGGAUCCUCAUAAGAGGCUAGCAUUAGGCACACUGGUAUGGUUGGUGUUGACAGCAACUGCAGCAACAAUGACAAGAGCUCAAGUGUUAGCCAAACCUGGUUGCCCUGCUCAUUGUGGAAAUCUAAGCAUCCCAUACCCAUUUGGCGCAAAGGAAGGCUGUUUUCUAAACGAAAACUUCCGCAUUAGAUGCAAUGAGUUUGCCAACUCCUCCACGGCCUUUUUAGCGUAUACUGAUUUUGUCGUUACCAAUAUCAGCAUGGAAGGUCGGUUGCAGAUCUUGGCUACAGUUGCCCGAGUUUGUUACGAAGAUUCAGGGCACCAUGCGAACCCAGGGGUACCAUCCUUGUUUCCAUUGUCAAUUUUCAACGUGUCUAAUACCCGAAACAAGUUUGCUGCUGUUGGCUGCGACACUUAUGCCUAUCUUCUUGGUUACGUAGGCAAUAAAAUACAGUGCCGGUGUAUGUCCCUAUGUGAUCGCAUUGAAGAUGUGGUUGACGGAUCUUGUUCAGGAUUCGGAUGUUGCCAGAUACAGAUUCCUGAUGGGCUGAAAAAUAUCAUUGUGAUAGCAUAUAGCUUUAAGAACCACUCGAAAGUGUUGGAUUUCAACCGUUGCAGCUAUGCUUUUGUUGUUGAAGAAUGCCAAUUUGAGUUCUCCUCGGAUUAUCUUCGAUCUAUACCGGAAGAUUACAAGUUUCCGGUGUCGCUUGAUUGGGUCGUUGGUAAGGAGACGUGCGAGGAAGCUGAGAAGAAUAGAUUGAAUUUCACACGUCAUCGGAAUGAGUGUUACGAACCUGGGAACGGUAUGGGCUACCUUUGCAAGUGUCCAUACGGUUAUGAAGGGAAUCCAUACCUCCCAGAAGGCUGCCAAGAUAUCAAUGAGUGCAAGAUUUCGAGUCCCUGCGACCAAAAUGCAGACUGCAUCAAUUCACUAGGAAGUUUCAACUGUGUUUGUUGACGUGCAUAUGAAGGCGAUGGCAAAAGAAAUGGAACUGGUUGCAGUUCUGUAAGGACAUUAAUUUAUGCUAUCAAAACUUUCAUAAGCCUUUUAGUGCUAGUGUUGAGCCUUUACUGGGGACUUUGGAAAAGAAAGCUCAUCAAACAGAGAGAAAAAUUCUUCCAACAGAACGGUGGAAUUAUCUUACAACGAGAGUUUUCAAAGCAUAAAGGACCUGUAGCAGCCAAAAUAUUCAAAGCAGAAGAGCUCAAGAAGGCAACAAACAACUACCAUGAAAGUAGAAUUCUAGGGCAAGGAGGUCAUGGAACAGUGUAUAAAGGAAUAUUGCAAGACAACAGAGUUGUUGCCAUAAAAAAAUCCAUGAUAGCUGAUCACAGUCAAGUUGAACAAUUCAUUAAUGAAGUGAUUGUGCUUUCUCAGGUCAACCAUAGAAAUGUGGUAAAGCUCUUGGAAUGCUGUUUAGAGACUGAAGUUCCCCUGUUGGUUUACGAAUUUAUAUGCAAUGGUACCCUCUAUCAUCACCUGCAUAGUUCAGGCCUUGCGUCCUUCAUUCCAUGGGAAAGUCGUUUAAGAAAAGCGGCAGAAACUGGCGGUGCACUCUCAUAUCUGCACUCUGCCGCUUAUCCUCCCAUUAUUCAUAGCGAUGUCAAGUCUACUAACAUUCUUUUAGAUGAGCAUUACACUGCAAAAGUAUCAGACUUUGGGGCUUCGAGAUUAGUCCCUUUGGAUCAAACACAAUUAACCACAUUGGUGCAAGGAACGCUUGGAUACUUAGACCCAGAAUACUUUCAAUCAAGACAGUUGACUGAAAAGAGUGAUGUAUACAGCUUUGGGGUGGUCCUUGUGGAGUUACUUACUGGAAGAAAGGCACUUUGUUUUCAAUUGCCUGAAGAAGAAAGGAAUCUAGCUAUGCAUUUUGUUUAGACAUUUAAGAAGAAUCGAUUGUUCAAAAUUGUUGAUCAUCAUGUGCUUCUCGAGGACAAUACUGAACAAAUAAAGGAAGUUGCCAUGUUGGCAAAGAGGUGCUUGAGAGUAAGAGGAGAAGAGAGGCCCUCAAUGAAGGAAGUUGCAAUGGAGUUGGAGGGUCUAAGAGCAAUGGCGAAGCAUCCCUGGGUAAAAGAUGAUGUGAAUUCAAAGGAGACAGAAUUUUUGCUUGGUGACAUCUCAGGCGCUAAUGGAGUUGGAGGGUCUAAGAGCAAUGGCGAAGCAUCCCUGGCAACUUCAGUAGCAGCUCAAGCAAAACCCGGUUGCCAAAGCAACUGCGGAAAUAUCAGCAUCCCAUACCCUUUCGGAACAGACAGUCCUGGUUGUAAUAUCAGUGGUAACUUUUAUAUCCGUUGCGACAACACUUCCAACCCCCCAAAAGCAUUCUUAACAACAAGCGAUAUUGAAGUUCUCAACAUCUCUCUGGAUGGUUAUUUGCGCAUCAGUGGUCCGGUAGGUUAUGCCUGUUACAAUUCAUCAGGACGCAGUUCAGAAUUCGAUAUGUGGAUGACGUUUUCGAAAUUCCCCAUAUCUCAUUCCAGAAAUAAGUUCACAGCCAUUGGUUGUGACACCUAUGCUUUUAUCCAAGGUUCCUUCGGACAUAAAUAUUCAACGGGAUGUGUAACAUUCUGUAAUGACAUAUACGAUGUGAUAAAUGGAUCUUGCGAUGGCAUUGGCUGCUGCCAAACUGCUAUCCCGAAAGGAGAUGGAGCCUAUAACUUCUCUGUUUCAGAUCUUUAUGAUGUUAAUUUUAGAGACAAGGAAUUCCCAUUUAUUCUUGAUUGGACAAUCGGGAACCAAAGCUGCAAAGAAGCUGAAACGGAUCCAGAAAAUUAUGCUUGCAAGGAAAAUAGUCAUUGUAAAAAUUCAGAAAAUGGCCCGGGAUAUUUGUGCAAGUGUCUUGAUGGUUUCCAGGGUAACCCUUACCUCUCCCAUGGUUGCCAAGAUAUUAAUGAAUGUGACACACUGAAGCCUUGCAAUGGAACAUGUCACAAUGUACCUGGAAGUUAUAAUUGCUCAUGUCCUUUUGAGGGUGAUGGUGAAAUUGAUGCGCAGACAAUAUAUUUUGUCUUGAUUACAGGUGUAGGGGUAAGUCUUUUAUCUUCCCUCUUGUGCUCAUCAUGGGUGUACUUGGGGCUAAGGCAAAGAAAGCUCACCAAACUGAAACAGAAAAACUUUGAGCAAAAUGGUGGAAUUUUUUUGCGGGAACAGCUUUCAAAAAGUGAACAGUGCUGCGAAACGGCUAAAAUAUUUACAGCCGAAGAGCUCAAGAAGGCAACAAACGACUACCAUGAAAGUAGAAUACUAGGAUACGGAGGUCAGGGUACUGUUUACAAAGGAAUAUUGCCCGAUGGCCGAAGGGUUGCCAUAAAAAAAUCCAUCAUUGGAGAUCAAAACCAAGCUCAACAAUUCAUUAAUGAAGUUAUUGUGCUAUCCCAAAUCAACCAUAGAAAUGUGGUGAAACUCUUGGGAUGUUGUUUGGAGACACGAGUCCCUUUGCUCGUCUAUGAAUAUGUAAGGAAUGGAAAUCUCUUCGACCACUUGCACAAUGCUGCUCGUGCAUCAGUCAUAUCAUGGGAAACUCGUUUGAAAGUAGCCGCAGAAACAGCAGAAGCCCUUUCUUAUUUGCACUCUGCCGCAUCUCCACCAAUUAUUCAUCGCGAUGUCAAGUUGACCAACAUACUUUUAGAUGAAAAUUAUACUGCAAAAGUAUCUGAUUUUGGUGCUUCAAGAUUGAUCCCUUCAGAUAAAACACAGAUAACAACGCUUGUGCAGGGGACUCUGGGUUACUUGGAUCCUGAGUACUUUCAUACAAGUCAAUUGACUGAGAAGAGUGAUGUUUAUAGCUUCGGGGUUGUUCUCAUAGAGUUACUAACAGGUCUAAAGGCGCUUUCCUUUGAAAGACCAGAAAAAGAGAGGAAUUUGUCCAUGUACUUUGUUUCUAUUAUGAAAGAGGGACGCUUGCAAGAAAUUCUUGAUGGACGAGCGCUGAAUGAUAAAAACAUUGAGCAGCUUAAGGAAGUGGCCACUUUGGCAAGGAGAUGUGUGAGAGUAAAGGGAGAGGAAAGGCCAACUAUGAAGGAAGUUGCCUUUGAAUUGGAAGGAUUGCGAGCAAUGCAGAAACACUUACGCUUGCUUGAUGAUGACCUGUAUAACAUUAGCACUAGCUAUGAUGGCUCAACUAGCAUCUCGAUGGGGUCUGACAGCAUUAAAAACCAAGUCAGAUUUGAAAUUGAUGGUGCACGCUGAUCUCCUUUUACCUGUUGAUCUUCCUUAUUCUCCUGGUUGUGAAAGAUGUAAUCUGAUUAGCUUAUAAUUAGUAUGCUUGUUAUAUAACAAAUUAGAUCCAAAUGCAGAACUCUAGUAAUUUCCCUAUAAAUUUAGAAUAAAAGU